ACAGUAUACUUGUUCCAAAUCCCACACAUUACACAUACACAGAGAUACAGCCAAAAAAAUGGCUUCGCCAACUGCAAGGAUCACGUUUCGAAUUUUAAUUGCGGUUCUGGUGAUAAUGGUCCUCUUUUACGUUGGUCGUCCUCUGUACUGGAAAAUCUCCGCUACCAUUCAAGAGGUCCGCGAAAACAAACGCACCGUUCAACAAGGCAUUUCUCAGAUUGUUUAUGAAGCGCAGAAGUCGGUGGGUUGGUUCCACGAUGAAUCCGAUUCUGGAGUUCGUGAAGACAGGAAAGCGGUAAACCGAAGGCUACUUUUCUAAGGUUAUUACUAUAUUUACAAUCACUUAUUUUCUUUUUUUUUUUAAAUUAAUUGUUUUUUUUAUUAUUGUACUAUGAUUAUAUGAGUGGAUCUAUUCUUCUGUUUAUCUGCUGUAAUAAUGAUUGAAGAUUUUAUUAUUAUAGUAGUGAAUUUCUUAGUAUUAAGAAUUUUUGUGUUUGUUGAUAUUUCUCGGAAUUGUAAGAUAGUAACCUAUUGCACUUCA